CGCACUCGCCUGCUACGCACUUGCUUCAGUUCACUUGCACGCCACUUGCACUCACAAUGCUCGCGAACGUCGUUUCCCGCAAGGCUUCUGGCCUGCGCCAGACCCCCGCUCGUGCCACUGUGGCCGUCAAGUCCGUGUCUGGCCGUCGCACAACUGCCGCUGAGCCGCAGACUGCUGCGCCGGUCGCAGCGGAGGACGUCUUCGCAUACACGAAGAACCUUCCCGGCGUGACCGCUCCCUUUGAGGGUGUGUUCGACCCCGCUGGCUUCCUCGCCACUGCCUCCAUCAAGGACGUGCGCCGUUGGCGUGAGAGCGAGAUCACCCACGGCCGCGUGGCUAUGCUUGCCGCCCUGGGCUUCGUCGUGGGCGAGCAGCUGCAGGACUUCCCCCUGUUUUUCAACUGGGACGGCCGCGUGUCUGGCCCCGCCAUCUAUCACUUCCAGCAGAUCGGCCAGGGCUUCUGGGAGCCCCUGCUGAUCGCCAUCGGCGUGGCCGAGUCCUACCGUGUCGCCGUCGGUUGGGCCACCCCCACCGGCACCGGCUUCAACUCCCUGAAGGACGACUACGAGCCCGGUGACCUGGGCUUCGACCCCCUGGGCCUCAAGCCCACCGACCCCGAGGAGCUCAAGGUCAUGCAGACCAAGGAGCUGAACAACGGCCGCCUGGCCAUGAUCGCCAUCGCCGCCUUCGUGGCCCAGGAGCUGGUGGAGCAGACCGAGAUCUUCGAGCACCUGGCUCUGCGCUUCGAGAAGGAGGCCAUUCUGGAGCUGGACGACAUUGAGCGUGACCUGGGCCUGCCCGUCACCCCCCUGCCCGACAACCUCAAGAGCCUGUAAAUGCAGGAUGUUCAGGAGGCUUGAUGGGUUUGGAGGAGGUGGGCAGAGCGGCGGGUGGUGACGUGUCAGCAGCAGUGCGGCACGUCUUGAGUGUUUUGAUGAGCGCGGUCCAUUUCGUUGGUUGGUCGGCAUUUUGUUGAGCUGUGAGCGGUGAUGAGGGCAGAGGGUAAGAAACACCCGUCGCCGCUUGUUCCCGCUCGAGCUUUAUUUGGUGGGUGUCUGCAAGAGCGGGGUGCAAGUUAGGUGCGCUGCUGGCGCGAGUGCGGGAGUGCACGAGUGGAGAGUUGGUUAUGAGUUGUUGCAGCGAUACGGCUGCAGCGGCACAGGGUGCACGCACGGUGUAUUUUUUCAGCCAAGCACUUGGCACGUAGCGUACUGGCCGCCGUGCAUAUGCAUGGGCGGGGAGCGCACAGUCCUAUGGUGUUGUAUGCGUGGAUGUACAGAUUGAGACUGCGAUAUCAUUCAUCUGGAGCCCGGAAGCAGCAAAACGCACACACAGUUUUUGCGCACAACACCUUGAUGCGAGAUGCAUAGUGAUGAAGACGAGUGCGAACAUGUGAGGCACUCUGGUGAAAUUCAUGUUGAGGGGCAGGGUUGGGAGCAGCCUGGAGCAGGCUCCACGGAGCUGCCCCAGGGACUGACAAGACACGGUAAUGAAAGCGACCAGGGCUGCCAGUCUGUGCAUAGGAGCUGGGACUGUCCCCUCUGUAACAUCCGCAUCCAUAGGACGAUGACAACAGUCGAAAGGUUGUUCGGCACAGCAAAGAACAGCAUCGCUGUAAUAGCACGUUGAG